CGCGCCUUUGAGUUUCAAUCUUCGAUAAAAGUUAAUAUUUUGCUGUUUUACCCACUCAAACUACACAAUAGAUACCUAAAGACAUGUGGCUAAUCGUUGAAGACGAGAAAUUGGAGUUUAGAUGGGCGGAGCCAUAAAUAAAGACAACACCAUGUCCAGACGCAGUGGUCGUAUCACACUUCAAGCCAGAGAUUCAAACACACCAGAACCAACAGUGAAAGUCCCACUGAAGAAAAGAAAGACAGAGUCUUCUAAGAAGAAGCUUCAACCUGCUGCCAAGAAACAAAACUAUGAAAUAAAGAAAUGUUGGCCAGAAGAUGAUGUGGGUCCCUGCAUUCUCAUUGAAACUCCCCACAAAGACCUGGAGCCCACAGACUCAUCUGGCUUCAAACAAUACAGGUUCAAGAACCUCUUCAUCAAGGCUUCCCCCAUUCCUAAUAUCAGCUGGGCCUGCUCAGAUGACGUGUGGAUAAAGAUGAUCAGCAAGGAGCUGAACUAUGGACACGACAAAGGCUACUUGCAGCGGCAUCCCAAACUGCAGCCCAAGAUGAGAUCAAUCCUUUUGGACUGGCUGCUUGAGGUGAGUGAAGUGUACAGCCUCCACAGACAAACGGCAUACCUCGCCCAGGACUACUUCGACCGCUUCAUGCUGACUCAGGAGAAUGUCAACAAAGAUUACCUGCAGCUCAUUGGCAUCACAGCGCUUUUCAUCGCCUCCAAGAUAGAAGAAAUCUACCCUCCCAAAAUCUACGAGUUUGCCUACGUCACAGAUGGAGCUUGUGACAUCUGGGACAUCCAGCGCACAGAGCUUCACAUACUGAAGGCUUUGGAAUGGAAGUUGUGUCCAGAAACUCCCAUCUCCUGGUUGAAGCUUUACGCUCAAGUAGAAGCUCAGAAAGACGGAGAGAACUUCUUGGAGCCACAGUUCUGUCAGGAAACAUACAUCCAGAUCACACAGUUGUUAGAUUUGUGUAUGAUGGACAUCAACUCGUUGGACUAUAGUUACAGUGUUCUUGCUGCUGCAGCCUUCUGCCACUUCUCCUCUUUUGAUGUUGUCCAUAAAGUCUCAGGCCUGACGUGGGAAAGCGUCUCUGACUGUGUACAUUGGAUGACUCCUUUCAUGGACACGUUGUGGACUGAAGCAAAACCUCGGCUGAAGAACUUCCCUAAAGUUAAAGCUGAUGACCGACACAACAUUCAAACACAUGUAGCCUACCUGGACCUGCUGAGAAAAGCGCAGGAGCAUCAAAUCGACAGUCUCGACUGUCAGCUCUCACCUGUUGCUGCAGGAACUUUCCUGACACCGCCCAGCAGCACAGAGAAACCAGCCAAUCCCUGAGUGGGAAAGGACCAAGUGAGACACGCUACCUCUCCUCAGUCCAACCUGAUGUGAUGGCCGACAUUUGAAAACACGGCUCGCUGAACAGGACGCGACUUGGGCAAACAGACCUCUUGUUUUGUUUUAAAUUUUUUUUUUUUUUAACACUAAUUUCAGACUUCUGGUGGUUGAUUCAGUGACCAGAAAAUGAAUUGGUUUAAUCAAAAUAAAAUCUGCAAUGGCAAAAAAGGGAGGCUUACAAAAUAUUCCAUGGCACCUCCAAAGGAAAAAAGAAAGUCUUUGGAGCUUUUUAAGCGAUUGCAGUUCUUAGUCAAGUUACCAAAUCUUUUGUUUAGUCUGAACCAGCUGCAGGCAUCUCUGCAGCAGAUGCUUUCCUUGACUCGGUGUUAAGUGGAGAAACUGGCAGUAAUGACAUUUGAUCAGAUACUUUUCUUUCAAAUAAACAAGUUUAGGUUUGUGAGGAAGCUGAUCAUUUCAUACCUGAGAGGUAUUAACGGGGAAUUUCACUGGUGCUAUUGUUAAAAUGGAGGCAUGUGUGCCUCCAGAUUUUGCUACAGUUGAUUCUCAGGAAAUUAGCAAAACCAGGUUUUUUUUUUUUUUUUUUUUUUUUUUUAAAUAUAAUUUUUAUUAACGUGAAUCACACUCCACUUUAAACAGGUGGAUUUAGGCAUGUGAUGCAUUUAAAUGAACAUCCCAAUUUGACAUUUCAUCUCUGAAGUUUCGCCAUAGAGGAAUAGAUGUCUUGAUUUAUGAACUACAGCCUGUUCAUACAGAGCUACAGGAGCCAUAGGAAUGAUAAAUUCAGUUAUUCUGACGUGUGCAUGUGCUUCUAAAUGCAUUUCACCUACACGUUGCAACAUUGUCUUUAAUGUCCUUGCUUUUAUUUUUUGUUGUAACUGCUGCAACUUAGUUGCACCCUUUUGUUACAUUCCUGGGAAACUUGACAAUUGUGCAAAGUUUUGCUUUUUCAUUUUAAGGUCUUGUAUUUAUUGAUAAGCCUUAGUAUGUAAAAGAAAAUGUUUGUUCAUAUGUAAAAUCUUUUCAGAGAUUGAGCUCAGUCUGAUCGCUGCCAAAGGCUAAAGCUAUUUAUAAUAUUUGCUCUGUGACACCGCUUGAAUUACAGUUCUGCAUCAAAUAUAAGCUGGACUUUUUUCUUAGUGCCUUUUUUUGAAUAAAAGAGCUGUACAUUUACUUAAUUUAAGCUGGAGCGAGCCCAAAGGUGGAGAUCAAAUAAACCUGUGACUGUAAACCUCUGCAGUGAAGUAACCAUGUGAACUGUAUGUAGAUGUUUAAGAAUGUAUGUUUAUGUAAAUACAACAAUUCAGAAAUGUGUAAUUUCUUUUAUAUUUGAAUGUCUUAAAUAAAUGAUUUUUCAUGC